UGCAUCUAUAUAGAUGGUUUGCAUUCCAAUCCAUCGGUCAAAGUCACUACUCACUUUAGAAUAUGUGACUUCCUCUUUUAUACACGCCAAAGUAUUAGUACUCUUAACCUUUUUGGACUUUAACAAUGGCUCUAAACCAUGAAAUUCCCUAUAAAUAUAUGCUUAAGGGCACAAUAUAUCAAUGUGUUGUGCCCUAUACAAAGCUCUUCCUAUGGAGAAUAUUGCCUUGUCCAUUGUUCUCCUCCUCCUCCUCCUAUUUCUUCUCAUGGCUUCAGUUACACAGGAGAAAAAUCUACACAUAGUACACCUCGGAGAGCAUCUUGAUCACAAAACGCCCGAAGAAAUCGAAGAUAUCCAUCAUUCGUAUCUAUUGUCUGUGAAGGAAAAUGAGGACGACGCAAAAUCUUCUCUUAUUUAUAGUUACAAGAAAAUUAGUGGCUUUGCGGCACUACUUAACCCGCACGAAGCUCAUAAACUUUCCGAAAUGGAGAAUGUGACGUCUGUCUUUCAGAGCCACGGACGUAAGAUAUCAUUGCAGACGACGAGAUCAUGGGAAUUUUCAGGUUUACACGAGCCAACACAAGGGAAUGCAGACAAUGACAACUUGUGGUUGAAAUCCAGAUAUGGCGAAAACGUUAUUAUUGGCGUGAUAGACUCUGGUGUGUGGCCCGAGUCGAAGAGCUUCAACGAUGAUGGGAUGGAACCCAUACCACUUACAUGGAACGGAAUUUGCCAGUCUGGUGAUGCAUUCAACUCAUCAAACUGUAAUAGGAAGAUAAUCGGCGCUCGGUAUUACCACAAGGGCGCGGAAGCGGUGUUAGGCCACCCGGUGAACCGAACAAUAGACUUUCUUUCUCCCCGUGACGCGCACGGGCAUGGGACCCACACUGCAUCCACGGCCGCUGGACGGCGGGUCGACAACGCCUCGUCGGUCGGCGGCUUUGCCCUGGGAGUCGCCACCGGCGGCGCCCCGCUGGGACGCCUCGCCAUUUACAAGGCGUGUUGGUUGUCCUUAGACUGCUCCGAGGCCGACGUCCUUGCCGCCUUCGACGAUGCCAUAGCCGAUGGGGUCCAUAUCAUUAGCAUCUCUAUGAACGAUUACAAUCAACUCCCUUACGCCUCGAGUUGCAUAACAGUCGGAGCCUUCCACGCGGUCCGAAAUGGCAUUGCCGUGGCCUGCAGUGCUGGGAAUUACGGCCCAACCCCCUCUACCGUGCGUAAUGAGGCCCCGUGGACGGUCACGGUCGGCGCCGCCAGCGUGGACAGGAUAUUUGCAGCACCGGUUUUGCUCGGGAACAACAUUACAAUCCCGGGUCAAACACUAACUUCGUAUAAGUUGAAAAGAAAGCUUUAUCCAUUGGUUUCUGCGGAUCAAGUGAUCAACCCUGGCGUGGACAAAAACUUAACCAGGGAAUGCUCAGAUGGCUCCCUCUCUCCCAAGAAGGCUAAGGGAAAAAUCAUACUUUGUUUCGCAGAAACUGGAGAUACGUGGGAGAAAGGGAAAGAGGUAAAACGAGCCGGCGGUUAUGGUCUCAUCAUCGCAAGUAAUAAAGUCGAAGGAAACACCUUAAGUAUAACUAUCGACGACCAUGUCCUUCCCGCCACAGCCGUCGACUACACCAAUGGCCUCCAUAUCAUGAAAUACAUUCAAUCUGCAACAAGAGCAAAGGCAUAUAUCGUGCCAGCUAAGACAGUUUUAGGCGCCAAGCCAGCGCCUAUACCAUAUGUUUAUUCGAGCAGAGGCCCCAGCACAAUAUCUCCAGACAUUCUCAAGCCGGAUAUCACGGCUCCUGGGAUGCAUAUAUUAGCAGCUUGGAAAGAAGGAUCUCCAUUGGGUCUUGAUGCUGAUGUGGAAAAAUAUCGGAUCAUAACAGGCACGUCAAUGGCAAGCCCACACGUGGCCGGUGCCUUGGCUCUUCUCAAGGCAGUGCAUCCUGAUUGGAGCCCCUCUGCCCUACGAUCUGCUCUCAUGACAUCUGCGACACUAAUAAACAACGAGGGUAACCCCAUCACAGAUCACACUGACGCCCUGGCCACCCCUUUUGUGCUCGGGUCGGGUUUUUUCAACCCGACAAAGGCAGUCGACCCGGGACUCGUCUACGACGCUUCUCACACAGACUAUCUCAUCUUCCUCUGCAGCAUCGGAGAGUACAAUCUCACCGGUUCCUUUAAAUGUCCAGAAAACCCACCAUCUCCGGGUAAUCUAAACUACCCAUCUGUCGCAAUACCCGAACUGAAAGGCACCGUCACAGUCCUUAGGACCGUCACCAACGUCGGCUGUCGUGGGGCCCUUUAUGUUUCGAGCGUCCAAUCUCCACAGUGGUUCACCGUGAAAAUCACGCCGGCUGUACUUUAUUUCGGCCGUGAACGUGAGAAGAAAAAUUUCACUGUCACGGUGAAGAUGAAUAGUUCUUUUGUGGGGAAGAUUAAGAAAGGACAGUACGGCUUCGGACGGCUCAAGUGGUCCGACGGCGUUCAUGAUGUGGUCAGCCCGCUUGCUGUCUCCGUGGCUUAGUUUCCUUGAUACCAAAACGUUGUUGUUUUAAUGCACUUCCUAAUAAAGGUAUAUAUAUGGUAGUUGUUUUGGGAAAGUUGAAUAAAUGAGAAGAAAUUAUUGGACUCUAAAAUUAAUUUGAUAAAUCACUCAUUAC